GUCGGGGUGACGUGUUCCCCUCAGACGGCCGGCCGCGCUGCCGCCUCCGCGGGAUCCUACCGCCAACGCACGAUCGCCAAGCAGCGGGGGCGACUCGGUUGCCGCUUCGCCUCUCAGUGUCACCCCCCCCCUGCUCCGGCGGGGCCGGGCUUCGCACCGCGUUAGGGCUCCACGGGAGAGACGAAGCCGCGUCCGGCAUGAGCCGCAGCGGCUCUUCCUGAACCCGGCGCUCCGCGAGGGAUCGCGCCCCCGGCCAUGGGGGUGAACGCCGUGCACUGGUUCCGCAAGGGACUGCGGCUCCACGACAACCCGGCGCUGCGGGAGUGCAUCCAGGGCGCCGACAGCGUGCGCUGCGUCUACAUCCUCGACCCCUGGUUCGCGGGCUCCUCCAACGUGGGCAUCAACAGGUGGCGAUUUCUGCUUCAGUGUCUUGAAGAUCUUGAUGCCAAUCUACGAAAAUUAAAUUCUCGUUUGUUUGUGAUUCGUGGACAGCCAGCAGAUGUGUUUCCCAGGCUCUUUAAGGAAUGGAACAUUGCAAAACUUUCUAUUGAAUAUGAUUCUGAGCCAUUUGGGAAGGAGAGGGAUGCAGCAAUUAAGAAGCUGGCUAGUGAAGCUGGAGUGGAGGUCAUUGUACGAAUUUCGCAUACAUUAUAUGACUUAGACAAGAUUAUAGAAUUAAAUGGGGGCCAGCCACCUCUUACCUAUAAAAGAUUUCAGACUUUAAUCAGUAGAAUGGAACCCCUGGAGAUGCCAGUGGAAACCAUCACUGCAGAAGUAAUGGAAAAGUGCACUACUCCAGUUUCUGAUGACCAUGAUGAGAAAUAUGGUGUUCCGUCACUAGAAGAGCUAGGUUUUGAUACAGAUGGUUUGCCUUCAGCAGUGUGGCCAGGUGGAGAAACAGAAGCUCUCACACGACUGGAAAGGCACUUAGAACGAAAGGCUUGGGUAGCAAACUUUGAAAGACCACGAAUGAAUGCAAAUUCCCUUCUUGCAAGUCCCACAGGGCUUAGUCCCUAUCUGCGGUUUGGCUGUCUGUCAUGUCGCCUUUUUUAUUUCAAAUUAACAGACCUAUACAAAAAGGUAAAGAAAAACAGCUCCCCUCCCCUCUCCCUUUAUGGCCAACUCCUGUGGCGUGAGUUUUUCUACACAGCAGCUACUAAUAAUCCACGCUUUGAUAAAAUGGAGGGAAAUCCCAUCUGUGUUCAGAUUCCAUGGGAUAGGAAUCCUGAAGCUUUGGCCAAGUGGGCAGAAGGCAGGACAGGAUUUCCUUGGAUUGAUGCAAUUAUGACACAGCUCCGUCAGGAAGGUUGGAUUCACCAUUUAGCCAGACAUGCUGUGGCAUGCUUCUUGACUCGAGGUGACCUGUGGAUUAGUUGGGAAGAAGGAAUGAAGGUGUUUGAAGAAUUGCUGCUUGAUGCAGAUUGGAGUGUAAACGCUGGAAGCUGGAUGUGGCUUUCCUGUAGUUCAUUUUUUCAGCAGUUUUUUCACUGCUACUGUCCUGUGGGUUUUGGCAGAAGAACUGAUCCUAAUGGGGACUACAUCAGACGUUAUUUGCCUGUACUUAGAGGUUUCCCUGCAAAAUACAUAUACGAUCCUUGGAAUGCCCCAGAGAGCAUCCAGAAGGCUGCAAAAUGUGUAAUAGGAGUUCAUUAUCCUAAACCAAUGGUAAAUCAUGCAGAGGCAAGCCGCCUGAAUAUUGAGAGGAUGAAACAAAUCUACCAGCAGCUUUCACGAUACAGAGGAUUGGGUCUUCUUGCAACAGUGCCUUCUAACCCAAAUGGAAAUGGAAAUGGUGGCCUAAUGGGAUAUUCACCAGGAGAAAACAUCUCUGGUUGUAGUAGCGCAAGUGGAGCUCAAAUGGGAAGCAAUGAUGGUCAUACAGUGGGCGUUCAGACAUGUGCCCUAGAAGACUCACAUGCAGGUUCAAGUGGAAUUCAGCAACACGGUUAUUCUCAAGGCAGCAGUAUUUUACAUUAUGCCCAGGGAGACCAUCAGCAAUCACAUUUACUGCAACAAGGAAGAACAGGAAGCACUGGUAUCAGCACUGGGAAACGCCCAAAUCCAGAAAAGGAAACUCAGAGCAUUGGGCCGAAAGUCCAGCGACAGAGCACUAAUUAGAUUGACUUGCCAAAGUCCCUCCACCUGUAAGGGAACUGCUGAUGAGUCACCUACAGUGGAAUGUAUAUGCGCAUUCGAAGGAGAAAAACGUUAUUUACCUGUAUAGUAAUUCUUGUUCUUCAAGAUGGGUUGUGCACACAUACAUUUCAUGACUCUCCAACCUUCCAAACUACUUCGGACAUUACAUACAGCGAUGUGAAGGAACGGAGCAGAAGGCGGCAGAUACUCCGCUGGUAUAAUCUCUCCUGAAGGCAUGAGGAGAUCAGGGGAGCAUGCACUGCCUAGUGAUGCUGCUGCACUGAGCAAACAAACAUCUACAGUGGAACGUAUGUGUUCACAACACGUCUCAAAGAACAACCGUUACCAUACAGAUAAGUAACCAUUUUUUCUUGCUAGUUUAGAUUCUUCUCUUACUCUCAGGACGAUGGAUCUUUCCCAUAGUUUGCCACAGGCUCACCUGGCACAAUCAGUGCGUGUCCCCCACCAUCAGGGAUUUAUUCAAUCUUUACUCACCCACCAACAGCCAGUUUCCAGAAAGUUCUGAUCAGAAUCUUUCUGCCGGUAAGAAAACCGACCCCUUGCUGGGACCUUAAUUUAGUACUUUCAUGUCUUACUAACCUACUCUUUUUGAACUAAUAGCUAUGUGUUUCACAUCUCACCUGUAGAUAAAUGUUGCCUUCCUCAUUGCUAUCACCUUGGCCAGAAAGGUAGGUGAACUUGGGAUCCUAAUGGCCAUACACAAUAUCCCAUAAGGACAGAGUCUCUAUAUCCAACAACUACAUCCAAAAUUUACUCAUAAAAUUGUUCUAUCAUUUCAUAUAAACCAAUCAUUUCAUUUACCUGUGCCUUUUCAAAGCCUUGUGCCUUUAGUGAGGAGAGGAGACUUAAUUCUCUCGACUAAUUAUGAGCAUGGUGAUUUUACCUGCAGAGAACAAAACCAAUCAGAAAAGCCACCUAGACUGUUCAUUUCUAUUCCAGAGUGAGUUUAAGGUCAAGCUAUGUCUUCUCAGUGGAUCUCUGGAUAUAUCCUAUUCUGUUACCAGAUGGCACAGCUUCCUCCCUCACAUGGGGUAAAGAUUUACUAUGCAAGGGAACAAGCAGCCUAAGAAGCAUCACUUCAAGAAACAUCCCUGCUUAGCAUUAGCAGAACAACCUACAUGAAGUUUCAUCCACACAUUCAUGAUGCAUUAUUCCUGGGUCCAAGACUGCUGUUGACUUAUCCAUUAGGGCAGUGAUUCUACAAGCAGCUAUACCACCUGUGUUCUUGCACUCACCUGCCCUCUGAGUACUGCAUGUCAGUUAUCCAUAGGGACCAGCAUUCAAAGAAGAAAGGGAAAUUGCUUACUUUGUUGUAACUGAAGUUCUUCAAGAUGCGUUGUCCCUAUUUGUCUUCCAGUUCUCAACCUCCUUCACCUCUUCUUCAGAGCUUGUCAAGAUUCAAAGUAGAGAAGAAACUGAAGAGGCAGUUGUCUGCCCCACUCCUUAUUCCCUCACAAUAGAGCACAGGAAGAGUAGUGGUGCAGGCAUGAACCAAUAGACACUACUUGCAAAACUUCUCUGGACUCAGGAGCUUGGAACGCAUGCGUACUCACAGUGGAAUAGAUAGGGACCACACAUCUUGAAGAACUCCAGUUACAACAAGGCCCUGUAGACCCUUCCUGGACUCAAAGGACACAGUUGCCCGAUCCAUUGCUACUGCAGUAGUAAUGCGACAUGUAUCAUAGUUCAACCUUUCAGAAUUCCCUAAGGAGAUGCAAAAUACAGUCAAGGAUCUCCCGGGCGAGGGACAAAAACUAAUUUCUGAGCGCACGGACAACUCCUUACAUUCACUGAAAGACUCCUGAUCCACUCUAAAAUCCCUCGGUGUUACACACAGCAGCCAAAAAGAAGAUUGGGAAAAUAUCAGCUGUCUCCACCAUCUCACCUUUAGCCAUACUACCCACAGCAGCAGUAUGACAACCAACACCAUUGUCACUGACUUCCCGACAGGCGCAGAUAAUCGCCUGCAUGAGGGACGCUGGCCCAAGCACUCUAAUAAGCAGCAAAUUUGGAGAUGUGAUCAAGGUCCAGAAAACCUCCUGCCUGCUCCAGUUGCCCCUACCAUCUGUAAUGCCAUCUACAUACCGACAGUUUGGCAACCGCUUAGGUCCAUUUUUACCAUCUUGGAUGCUCAUUAUCUCGGACAGAUGGGUCCUGGAAAUAGUAAAGGAAGGUUACUCCAUUCCUUUCCUAGUUAUGCCAUCCCUCAACCCCCCCUCCACAUCCUUUUCAGGGAUCCCUCUCAGGGGAGCUCAUCCUGGAGGCGAAGGUGAGAUGACAACUUCAACUGGGAGCCAUAGAACGAGUCCCUCCACAACACAAAGGAUGCGGUUUUUACUCACUACUUCCUGGUUCAAAAGAAGUCUGGUGGUUGGUGCCCCAUCCUAAUCCUUCGCAAUCUCAACAAAGUUUGUCAGACUACAAACUUUUGAAGAUGGUCACCCUAUUCACCAUCAUCCCAGCACUGGAACAGAGGGAUUGGUUCUCAGCCCUCAACCUAUAGGACGUACGUUUUCAUAUUGCAGUACACAUCCUGCUCACAGACACUUCCUACAAUUCAUUGUAAGCCACAGUCACUACCAGUACAGGAUACACCCUUUGGACUAUCCACAGCUCUGUGAGGUUUUUCCCAAAGUGCUUGCAGUGGUCGUGGCCUUCUUCUACAAACAAGAUAUCACCAUUUCCCUGUAUCUAGAUGACUACCUUCUCAAAAUGCCAUCCAAGACUGAAGCGCUCCGAGCAGUACACACUACAAGGACCCCCUUUACAAAACUGGGCUUCCUUAUCGAUUUUGAAAAGUCCACACUAACUCCAGUGCAAACACUGGAAUUCAUUGACGCUCUACUCGAUGCCAACCACACAAGAGCGUGUUUACUACCUCACAGGUUCCCAGCGAUAACACAACUAGUCUCAACUACCCAAGCAUGGCCCCAAAUCCCAGCACAUACAUGCGUCCAAUUUCUGAGACAUAUGGCUGCAGCUAUGUUUCUGGUCAAACACGCGAGGCUGCACAUGCAGUGUUUUCAGGGUUGGCUCCAUACAGUAUAACUUUCUCGCAAAGACGGCAUGCAGAAACUUCUAUCCAUGCCAACCCAGGUCAGGGAGUAACUACUGUGGUAGACGUGUCCUGACAAUGUCUGUGCCAGGGUCCCUUUUCUUCAACCUCCACCUACCAUGAUACUUACCACCAAGGCCUCCCUCCUCAGCACAUCUAUGCAAGCACACUGUACAGGGCAGAUGAAUGCCCACUGAGGCCACCUUACACAUCAACUUCCUGGAACUGAGGUCAGUCUGCAAGGUCUGCCAAUGUGUCCUACCACUCCUCAGAAACCAGGCUGUUCAAGUAAUGACAGACAACCUUAUUUGCAUGUAUUACAUCAGCAGGCAAGGAGGUGCCAGGUCCCAUUCCCUGCGCUCAGAAGUGAUCAAGCUAUGGAAUGAGUGUAUCCACGACAACAUCUCCAUCUCUGCUGCUUAUCUCCCUGGACUUCAGAACGCAAGAGCGGAUACACUGAGCAGAACCUUCUCACACGAGCACGAAUGGCAGCUUGACAUGACAGCACUCUGACCCAUCUUCCACUGAUGGGGGUCACCCCACCAUAGACCUUUUCACCACUCAGGAGAAUGCCCAUUGACCUCAGUUUUGUUCCAGAGCAGGCCUGGGACGCAAUUCACUAGGGCAGGGGUUCUCAAACUGGGGAUCAGGAUUCCUCAGGGGGUUGCGAGGUUAUUACAUGGGGGGCUGUGAGC